AUGAAGCUUCUCACAUUUAUUCUCUCUCUGCUUUCCGUUAUUUCCGUCGCCUUCACCGCGACUCCCAAUGCCGACAAGUUUGAAAAGUAUCAGUCACUUUCGCGCCUGGCACCCAUCCAACUCGAUGACUCUACUUACAACGAGAUAACUUCAACCCCUCGCGAUUAUUAUGCAGCGGUCAUCUUGACAGCUACAGACGCCCGCUUUGGGUGCGGCCUUUGUCGUGAAUUCCAACCAGACUUCGAUCUUAUUGCACGGAGCUGGAACAAGGGUUCGAAACCAGAUGGACUCAAGCUGCUCUUUGGUGCUCUCGAGUUUGACAAGGGCAAGGGAACUUUCCAAAAGUUGAUGCUUCAAACGGCCCCCGUCCUCCUCGUUUUCCCUCCUACCAUUGGACCCCAUGCUCGAGUUGACGAUAGCCCAUCACGAUUCGAUUUUAGCGGACCGGUAUCUGCCGACCAAGUCUAUGCCUGGAUUAAUCGCCAGCUACCUGACGGACCAAAACCGCCGCUUGUCCGCCCUAUUAACUACAUGAGGCUCGUUUCCGGGAUCACAAUUCUCAUGGGCGCAGUAACCUUAUUCACUGUGCUUUCUCCCUACAUGCUUCCGAUUGUCAGAAAUCGAAAUAUUUGGGCUGCGUUCAGUCUGAUUGCUAUUCUUCUAUUUACCAGCGGCCACAUGUUCAAUCAUAUUCGCAAAGUACCCUACGUUGCGGGUGACGGUAGAGGUGGCAUCAGCUAUUUUGCUGGUGGGUUUUCAAACCAGUUUGGAAUGGAAACACAAAUUAUUGCUGCAAUCUAUGCCAUCCUCUCGUUUUCCGCCAUAGCUUUGGCUAUGAAGGUUCCUCGAAUUGCGGACAAUAAGUCACAGCAGGUUGCUGCGGUCAUUUGGGGGGCUGUCCUAUUCGGCACGUACAGUUUCCUCCUUAACGUUUUCAAAGCUAAGAAUGGCGGCUACCCUUUCUUUCUUCCUCCGUUCUAG